AUGGCAGAACAAUUCCAGGCUCUUUUGAAAGAGUUGGAGACAGAUCCAAAAAAUUUAGAUGAAGAUUUGGUUUACAAUUGCACUCGUAUUUUAAGGAACAACUCAGAUUUGUCAGAAUUGGACAUCGACAAUGAUCUAUUAAGUCUGGUAUGGCACUAUACAGAUUCGGUACUAUUGAUAUCUCCUCAGCUGGACCCAAAACCCAUCCUCAUUGAUUUUUUGAUUUCUCUUCUUAGUCUUGUAAAAUUUGCUGAUGUUAUACAAAGAUACGACUCAGAGAAAAUUAUUGAGCUAGCAUCCUCUCCUGUAGCUGCUCCGAUAGUAUUUAAAAUAUUAUUAGAAAAGGAACUCGAUAGCGAUGCCUUAGGAUUUAUAUUAUCUACAAAUUUCCUUCACUGUUCAUUGGGUAACUAUUUCAGACAAGGUGACAUCAGUAGCUUAGCCGUUGCUAGUGACUUUGAAAAUUUAGUGAAAAUCUACAUUGAUAAACCAGGGUUCGCUGAAAAGUUAUUGGAGCCUACCUCAAUUAAAAUAUAUGAAUCAGUGAGAGUAUCAAAAGACAGCACAUUAUUAACGAGAUUGGUGGACUUCAUCGCUAUAAUCGGAGAGCCUGCGCUAGUUGACCCAAAAUUAAGUACGCUUUUACCAAAUAGCGUAUACACAUUUAAAGUGCUGGAUUUCUUAGAAGAAGAUGGAAACGAAGUGAGUAGUGAUCCCUUGCUAGCAAUCUUGUUGAUUCAGUUCUAUAAAAAAUUGGUAAAAAUGCCUCUUUCUGUGGAUGUAUUGAAAUCUGCGGGACCUACAUUGGAGAAUCUUGUACAGGUUUUCAGUAAGAGGAAUACCGAUACCGAGGUUCAAUUAUUUUACGCCAAUGAUUUAGCUGAGUUCAUUUGCGAAUGGUCAUGGACUACUUAUGUUCCCUUAAUCAACAUGUUGGAAGGUGUUUUGGAGAAGUUCGAAGUUUUCAAAUUCUACAAUCUUUACUUGGAUUCAUCCGAUGCUGAUAUUAACCUUUUAGCUGGGUUUAACAUGGAUAGAAUGAAUAACCCAGAAUUCCUUGAAGAGUUGACGGAUAUCUAUUCUUUAUUUUCCAAAAGAUACUUCACAAUUUUGAAUAGUCUCGUUAACUAUCCAAAGUAUUGCGAACAAUUGAUCCACAUGAAAAUAAUAUCUGUAAAUACGAUAUCAAAAUUAUCCAUGGAUAUGCUCUACAGGCUUCUUUACGAAUUAACUAGAAAAAAACACUCUACGCUGUGGUUACUUCAACAACCUCAAUUGAUGAAUGAUUACAUAUUGGGAACCAAUGUUAGCGAAAAUGAAAUUUGGAAUUUGAAAAAAGAUAGCUUGUCCAACUUGCUAGAAAUUAAUACUCCUGAAGAAUUGGGUGUUUGGUAUGACAAUAUCAAGGAAAACUUUAGUUUGAUGAGCAAUGGAAGAAACGUUAGGAAUAUAGCACCUGGAGUAGCCAUAGCUGAUGAAACUGCCUGA